UAAGCCCCGUUUCACGUUCAGUGACCAGCCAAUCAAUCACAUAGAAAAUGUCGUUGUCGAUAUAUGCCGUAGCACCGUCGUUGACUUUUCCGGCUGUCGACAAUGUCUCACUCCGCCGCGACGCUCCGACCAUCAGCUCGUUCGCCUCACGCCCUGCAUUUCGGAGCUCUUCCGUACAGUUUUGCUCUCAACAAUCUAAGCGCUUUGCUUGCUUAGCCAUUUCUACUAACACUAGUAUAAAGGAAGCUGUUAAAACGGACAAAGCUCCCGCUGCUUUGGGACCCUACUCUCAGGCAAUUAAGGCCAACAACACCGUAUUUGUAUCUGGUGUUCUUGGCCUGAUUCCCGAGACAGGGAAGUUUGUCUCAGACAAUGUGGAGGAACAGACGGAGCAGGUUCUCAAGAAUAUGGGAGAGAUAUUGAAAGCAAGUGGAGCUAGCUAUUCCUCAGUGGUUAAGACCACGAUCAUGUUGGCCGACCUGAAAGACUUCAAGAAGGUGAAUGAGAUUUAUGCUAAAUAUUUCCCGACACCAGCACCUGCUCGUUCAACAUACCAGGUUGCAGCAUUACCGUUGGAUGCUAGAAUCGAGAUUGAAUGCAUAGCAGUACUCUAGAGGAAUGGUCUAGGGUAGCGUAUCGUGUUCUGCUUGGGACGCUCUGUUGUUCGGUUUUAACGAUGGUUUUAGUAAUAAAAGGAUCAAUUCCACAUUAUUAUUCAUGCAGCUUAUUAUUUCUAAGUCACUUUAAUAUCAAAUCAAUGUUUUACCAUGUGUCA